AGACAGGGGAGAGCUAGUCUCAUUCAUAAAAAAAGGGUAGUAACACAUAGAGAAAGGCAUACAAAGGUUGACGGACAGAAGACAGCAAACCAGGCAAAAAGACAGACAGGAAACAGAGAACCAGACAGAAAUACACACAGAAAAGACAUGGUGAAACAGUCAGUAGAAGCCACGCCCCUCAAAUACCCGAUAGCCAGUGAGUUCUUCUAGACCUGUACGGCCGCCUGUUGGAGCACAGCCAAGGAUACCAUACUCGAUGCCAUACAUUUUUACCUACUGACACCCAUCUGGCAGAGCAAUUAAUGAACGAGAGAAUAUAGAAGUGCCCACUGGGUGUAAGAAGUUUAGAUCACCAUUAAAAUUCAGAAAACACCAUGACCAAGUCAAUAACAAUUGAGUUUGACAACCCUUCUGCUGUGUUCUUCUCCGGACAGACUAUAACAGGUCGCAUAAUUAUAUCCCUGAGCAAUCCAAUAUCCUGUAGGGGCGUUGAAGUGAAGUUCAAAGGAUCUGGAAAAGUUCAUUGGAGUGAACAAAAAACAGUUCAGAGAGAUGGCCAGAGUGAGACACAAACAGAGAAUUAUGACAGUUCGGAGACGUAUUACUCCAGGGAAUAUCGUGUAUGGGGAAAUGGUGAGAAGAAUGAGCUCCCACCAGGAACCCACCAGUUCAAUUUUUCCUUCCUUCUCCCAAAUGGAAUUCCAUCUUCCUUUGAGUCAAGCACUGGCCAAGUGCGACAUCGCUGUGAAGCCAAAAUGGACAUUCCAUGGGGCAUAGACAAGAAAGCUAAAAGGCCGUACUCAGUGAACACUCUCUUGGAUUUAAACAUAAAUCCCCAGGCUCAACUGCCGAUUGAGUACAAUGAGCACAAGUACCUUUGCUGUUUCUGGUGCAGGAGUGGCCCUCUGUCCAUGGUUGUCCGCAUCCCCCGCUCAGGCUAUGUGCCUGGCCAGAAGAUCUUGCUAAAUGCAGAGUGUUCGAACAUGACUAGGAGCAAAGUCUCCUACAGCAAGGCCACACUUAAGCAGACAGUGAAAUUUUAUGCAGAGGGCCACACAAAGACUGACAGCCAUGUAGUUGCUGAGAUUAAGAGGGGAGAAAUAGCAGCAGGAGAAGAUGACAUUUGGUCGGGAGUGGAAAUGCUUGUCCCGCCUUUGCCACCCUCGAACUUGGAGUUCUGUAGAAUAAUUGACAUUGAUUAUACACUAGAGUUUUAUUUGUCUCCAAGUGGCUGUCAUGGAAACCUUUCCCACUCUGCUCCCAUAAUCAUUGGAUCAAUUCCUCUUCAAGAGAAUUUUGGUAUGUUUGCUCCUGCAGCUGGUUACUGGAACCAGCCUACAGCACCUGGAUUUGCUCCACCAGGAAUGCCAGGUGUGCCUCCUGCACCUGCCUAUGGGGUUCCAGGGAUGCCACCUCAACCCUCAGCACCAGGGUUUAUGGCUCCAGGGAUGCCAGGUCAGCCUUCUGCACCUGGCUUUGUAGCCCCACCAGGAAUACCAGGUCAACCUUCUGCACCUGGCUUUGUAGCCCCACCAGGAAUACCAGGUCAACCAAUGGCUGGUUUUGUGCCUCCACCAGGUCAGAUGCCAGGCUACCCAGGACAGCCAACAGCACCUCAAAUGAACUUUAUCUUCCCAGGGAUCCAGCAGUAUCCCAACUUGCCUCCACCUUCAUACAAUGAGAGUAUGUUUGGUCACAACAAAUUCCAUGAUGAUAGCAGUGAUGACGAUGAAGGUUUUGCGCCUUAUUACAUUUCGUACAACCUUGGUGGCUCCAGUAGUGCAGCUGGUUUGGUCGCAGGGGCCAUGGUUGGAAGUAGCGCCAUGAUGAAGAGAGGAAGCCGAAGCAGUAGCUCGAGCAGUUCUAAUUCUAGCCAUGGAGAAGCAGCUCCUCUUGUUUAUCAUGAUUCAGGGUCAGACCAUGAAGUACAUGUGCAUGAGCAUGUGGUAGUGCAUGAACAUCAACAUAUUCAUGUACAUGUUGAUGAUCAUGGAUCUGACCAUGGAUCUGACCAUGGAUCUGACCAUGGAUCUGACCAUGGAUCACACAAGAGCAGCAAGAGCAGCAAGAGCAGCAAGAGCAGCAGUAGCAGCAGUAGUAGCAGUGAUGAGGAGGAAGAACAUGAGGAAGAACAAGCAGAAGAGGAACAGCAGAAGAGGAACCGCAGGAAGAACCAGAAGAACCCGAAGAGGAACCCGAAGAGGAGCCUGAAGAGGAACCCGAAGAAGAACCCGAGGAGGAGGAAGAAUAGUGUGUUAAGGAUUUCUUGAGGCAAUGGUUAAAAAGUACAUCAUCGCUUCUAUUUGUUGAUUUGCUUUAUGUUAUUGAACCUUAAAAAGGGUAUAUGUUAUACCCUCUAAAUAUUAGCAAGUAGUCAUGUGCUCUGUUAUUAUGGGCUGCAUCAUUUUUGGAUAUGUGUGUGCAUGUAUGGAAACAGUACAUAAUGCUCAUGUAUUAUUUUUCAUAUUUUUCAUAUUGUAUGACAUACUCAAUAAAAUGAAGGUUUAUUAAAAAGGAAAAAUAAUGCUUGAUUAGGUUUUAAUAUAAGCUGUUACACAACUUACAAUGUUGUAAGACCCAGAUUUUGGAUCUUUUAAUUUGUUUAAAUUCUAGCCUCUCAGGUUAGUAAUUAUCUGUGGAUUGUUAAAUAAGCUUUUAAAGGACUUUGUACAUCCAUGAAAUAAUUUAACUAAAUAAUAUUGCCAUAAUUUUUCAGCAUGAGCUAGCAGAAAAAAUAUUGGGAUUACAAGACACAAAUUCAUAUCUUGGGUUACCUGGAUAUGUAUAAUGUAGGAUGUGAUGAGUUUCAGCAGUGCAUGUGAUGAGUAACUAUAGGAUUAAGUUUGAGGAAUGACAAAGAAAAAUCUCGAGAGUUUGUCUUUGCUGCUGGAGUGGCGGGGUUGCUAUAUAUAUAUAUAUUUUUUUAUUAUUAUUAUUAUUAUUAUUAUUAUUAUUAUUAUUAUUAUUAUUAUUAUUACCAAAAUGGUGGUGUGGUCAUGACUUGUACAUGACUCAUACCAAACUUUGAAGAAAGAACCAGAUACAGCUCAAGUCAUCUCAGAGUAUUCCAUAGUUGGGGACUGCAUAAGAGAAAUGGAGGCAUAUUAUACACACUAGCAAGCAUAUGGUGAAGGACAUACUUAGUUUUUUGCAGUGUGGAGGUAGAGUGAAGGGAUUUUAUGAAAAUUAUAGAAUAGGUGGCAGGGGUUCUUGAUAGAUAAUGGAAAUUCAAACUCAGCUCCUGUAAUAAAUGCAUUUUCCUCUGUUGCAUAAUCUCAAAUCAGCUAUGUUCUUUUGUGAUGUCCAUCAUGAUUUAGGUAAAGUUUAUAACACACUGCUCUGCUCCAGAUUUUGCAUAUCAAUCAGGAGUUCUAAUAAACAAUUGUUGUCUUGAUUCAUUCAGGUGCUGAGGCCCAGUUACUUCCACAUAUUCACUCUUCAAAAUGAUGUAAUUCUAUGUCUCAUUAUUUAUUUGUUUUUAUGUAAAAUCUAUAAAAUAUUUUGUUGUUACCUUCAUGUGUGUCACAUGUUAUAUACUUUUUAGUUCAUCUGGAACUGUUAACAUGAGAUAUUUAAUCCCUGACUGAUUAGUUAAAUAAAAAAAAAAAUAAAAAAAAACUAAUUCUUCCAUGGACCAUAUACUAUACAUUUUGUAAUAAGAUGAUAGAACAAUGAAAAUGAUGGUAAUUAUUUCUUAAAAUAUUAUCAUAAUUAAGUGUAACUUUUGUGAUAGUAGAUGAAAUCAUGAAUACAUUUUCAUAUGCAGAAGCUUUUUUUUAUCUUUUGGUAAAUUAGGAAUUACUUUUGUCUUUAGAGAAAGUAAAUAGAUUUAUUUAAAUGCUUCUGUGGUUUUAAAAAUGCAUUCAGGUUGUUUGUAUAGUAUGCAGCAGGUUCAAAGAAUACAUGCUUCAAAAUUUAUAAUUUCUUGCAUUCCUUAACCCAUUGUGCUUUUUUACAACAGAUUAUGAUUUUUGUCAAAAAUGUGCUGUAAGUAAAGACUCAGUUGGUUUGAUAUUAUCUUUCAGCUCUUACCUUAUCUUAUACCUAAAUGCAUUUUAUACUUCAAUAUAUUAGAAUUAAAGUUUUUGAGAACCCAAGGAAAUGAGUUCAGCUUAUGUCCAACUCAUCUUUGCUGACUUGGAAUAAAAAUAUUUUCCUUCAUGAAUCACAGACUUAUGCUAAAACUGAUGAAUAAGAUCCCAUAUUGUAGAUUACACUUUUUACUAGGUUGUAGAAUAAAACUUUAACAGGUGAAUUAAAUGCAUUACAGAAAUAAGUAGAUAAGGAAUCUAUUUGUUCCAUUUUUAUUUAAAGGAGAGUGAUUUAUAUGUACAUUAUGCCAUUUACAGAGCAUAUUUUUACAGUAUUAGUACUUCUGAUAAACUUAUGAUUACUAUGCAUUUACUGUGAUUGUUGAUAUACUUAUGCAUGAUAAUUUCACUGAUGCGUGUGGCUUUAGUAGACUGAUGAUUAGUAAACUGAUGAAAAGAGAUACUAAUUUGAUUGAAGAUUCUUCUGUAAAAUGCACAAGUUAACCCAAUGUUAACAGGUUUAUUUAUGGUCGGCUUUAGAUUUUAGUGAAUUUUGUAACAUACUGAUGGCUCACAUGUGCUCAGCAGCAAGGAGUCAUCAGUUGGCCCUAGUGAGCAAUACUGAUUUCCCCAUUCCUUGAAUUGGUGGAAAAAUGUGUGUUUUUCUUUCCAAUACUAUUAAUAUUGACAUUGUUAUCAUUCUUAUUGAUAUUAUGAUUAUUGAAUUGUUAUUAGAAUAUUAAUAACAUCAAAGACAAUAAAAUAAUAGAAGUGAAGCUUUCAAAUAAUGAAGUAAAAUGGUAAACAGAUGACUAAUAGACUAAUAGCUGACUCCAUGGUGACUUAGCACUUGUAGAGCCAUCUAUGUGUAAAGACAAUAUAUAAAACUAUUAUUAUAUUGGGCAUGGCU